AUGGAUAAAAAUUUGUGCCUUCAGAUCUAUCUUAGUAGUCCAAAAUCAUAUAAUACACUGAAGGCUUUUUUGCAUUUGCCCAGCAAGCCUACAUUAUUGAAAGCUGUAUCUGGUAUAAAAAUGGAACCUGGAUUUUCAGUUGCUGUGCUCAAUGCCAUAAAAUUAGUUGCUAGCAAACUGAAAAUCCAUGACAGGUAUUGCAUCUUAUCCUUCGAUGAAAUCACUUUAAAGCAAAGCUUAUCUUAUGAUAAGAAAAGUGAUUACAUUGUUGGAUUUGAAAACUAUGGUUCCUACACUGAACUAAAAACAUUUCCCGAAUAUGCAACUCAUGGUCUUGUUUUUAUGGUCCGUGGGCUGUGUAAAAAGUGGAAACAGGUCAUUGGCUAUUUUUUUUCUUCUCACACUACUUCCAGGUUUUAUGUUGUGUACUUUGGUCAUGGAAGCCCUAUCAAAAUUAUUUGA